CAAUCAAAACCUUAUUCGUCUCCAAAGAAAAUCCUCAGGAUUUUGUUAAAAGAGUUUGACAGUCAUAUGGUAGUCAGCGUAAAGAUAUGGAUUAACUCCAAACGCGGAAGGUAUAAAAAGAUAGAUGAAUACGAUUCAGAAGUAGGAGUCUUGCUAUAUGUCGCUCCAGAAGUUCUAUUGGGACAGAA